GUCACUGAAAAAAUUGUAAAAACUCACCUUUUUCUGUGUUUUACAGGACCACAGAACAGUAAGAACCUGUCCCUGGACAGCCAUGCAUUACACAGAGGUCUCUACAGAACAUAUGGAGUGAUGAUUGCUGUCGCACUGGUGCAUGGAGGAGUGUUGCCUUCUUUUUUUUCUGAGAGGCUCUACCAAAACCUUUGCUCUUUACCUGCAUCACCACCCACUCUCGAAGAAGUAGCAGAUCAGGAUUUGCAGUUGAAACUCAAAAAGAUCAGUGAGGCAGUUGAUAUUACAUUAGCUAGAGAUGCUAUUGAGGAAGCUGCAGAGAGCCUGUCCUUGUUGGGGUCCCUGAGGCCUAUCACCACCAUGGAGGGACGAGACCAGUUGGUUCAGGCUGCCACAGGUUUCUACGUGGAAGGAAGGACCAAGGAAGCCUUGCAACAACUUGCUGAAGGACUGAACACACUUGGUCUCCUGGACCUGAUGAAAAUUCACCCCAGCACCUUCAAGGAGGUGUUUUCUUCAUCAGAGAGGCCUUUAAAGGCCACAGAUUUGAUCUCCCUGUUCAAAGCAAUGCUGUCCCAUCCAGAAAGCAACCGGUGGCGAAAAGAGAAGAGAGUGGAAGGGUACUGGAGAGACUUCCUACUAGAUAUUGAAGAUGGUGUGUUUGAGAUCACAAUGGAACAAAUCCUGGUAUUUGCCUCUGGAGCCGACAGAGUGCCAGCUCUUGGUUUUUCCCCUCACCCAACACUGACUUUCAUUCACGAGACAGGGCGGAACUACCCUGAAGCCAACACCUGCCUUGUAAAUUUGAAACUGCCAAUCCAUGACACUUACGUACAAUUCACCAAGUUCAUGUGUGAGGGCAUUAUUCAAGCUCCCACCUUUGGUCUGGCUUAAAGUCACCGACAGCUCAUUGAAUAACCGCUGUUAUGUGUGUUUGGUUAUGAAGUGACUGAAGAUGAUUCCAACCUGUUGUAUUUUUCUUUCUGAUAUUGUUGCAGUGUAUGCUAUUACAGGUAAACAGAGAGUCACUAUGGUAGGACAUUAGGAAAUGACACACAUGUUCAAGUAGUUUUUAAGCUUUAGCUGGUGGGCAUAUUGAUCAGCUAUUGUUUCUGGAACUCUCCUAAUUACAAAUGUAUGUUAUGUCUACUUAUAGGUCUGUAGUUGAUGACCUAACACACAAUGUGAACGCUCUCUUCAUUAAAAAGCUGUAUUUAGGUAACAUUUUAUAGAAUUUGAGCACUGCUGUUUGAAAGUUUAACUCCUGUAAUUAACUGCUGCAGAGAUCAGAGUAUUAAACCUUGGGGUUUUAAGGGAAAUGUGAACCACUUUUCCCAAUGUCCAUAAGAAAGUCCUUUUGAGCAGCAAAGUUUGUGCUGCUUGAGUCUGCCUGACACAGCUCUAUUUUGAUUUGGCCAGUAGGUGGCGAUAUAAGGUGCGGUGAGUUGCGAUGCAAUACUUCCGGGAUUUAGGAAAACGACAGAUGCGAGCGGGAAACAAGGAACUAAGGUCAUGGCUCUUUCAACGUUUCUAAAUCAUUGUAAAGCUACAUAUGCAGAAAGUUGGAGACUUUUUCUCACGGAUAAUGUUUCCAGUGAUGUCCUGCGACCAGUACUUAUAAGGUAAUACUACUUUACGUUCCACUCCGAAUGAAUAGAUGUAUGCUAUUAGCAAGCUAACAAGGUUGUUUGGCGUGUUAUUGUAGCAAAUGGUAAAUAUUCUCCAUGCAGCUGAGCACACAUUUAAUGGUUUAACAUUCAUCAAUCACGACUCACAUUUGCACAUGUCAGAUGUUAUGUCACAGCUGACAGCUUUAGGAUAAGCAGUUGUGCAAGC